GGAAGAGCAGUCGGUGCUCUUUAACUGUUGAGCAUCUCUCCAGCCCAAGUUGUAUAAAUCUGAUGUGUGUUUCUGAAAACUUGCUGGACUGUGGUUCACGGGGCUAAACGUUCUAUGGGUGAUGUCACAGUACCCAAGAAGGUUCUAAAGUUCCCUCUGAGCUCUUACUCAGCCAUGCUGGCCACUCUGUGGCUGGUUAGUCUUUCUCUUCCCAUGCUGUGGGCCCAGAAACUAAUCAACUGUCCCUACAAGAACGUGUGCCAGUACGCCCUGCUCUCGGGCAAUGACGUGAUCCUGGAGUGUAACCACCACAAAGCACUGUGGUAUUUCCACUCAUCUCUGGAGGACAAACUCUCCAAGCUCAACUCCAUGCCUAAUGUGAAGAUACUGCCUGGGAGCAACCUGCUGCAGUUAUCCAACCCUCAGCCCUCCCAGACGGGGCUCUACCGCUGCCUAGAUGGUCACAUGACCCGUGUGGUGGAAUAUGAGAUUGACUUUCAGGAUAUAGCUCUGCUGCAUAUCACACACAAAGACCUGGGCCAAAAGCCCAUGGGAAACGAGACCAUGAACCUAGGAGGCGAGGUACUCGUUUUUACUCGCUGGGAUCCUUGGCAAGAUUGUAACUGUUGCGAAAAGCCUGGUGAGCGCAAACGUCUAGGCUACUGCUAUGUGGAGGAGUCCCUAGGAAAAUCCAUGCCCUGCUGGCUCUACCUGAGAGGGGAGAAGGUGACCCACAGCCGCCUGCAGCCUGAACUCCAGCUACAAGCCUGCCAGGUGCCCUGCGACACCGCCACAGAAAUCAACCAGCCGUACUUCGUCUUUGACACUCAUCAGCUGGACAAAAACACCAACUAUGAGUGGCUCAGCUGUCCUUUGGCUUCCAUCUACAGGCCUGUGCGCUGGGAAGCCAACAGCAUCGCCCUGACCUGGCGGGAGCAGCUCUUGGGCGAGGACCUCAGCAGCUUCAUGGACCUGUACAGCGGUGGCCGGCAGCUGCAGAUCUUCCAGCCAGCCGUUUACAGAUGUUUUGUGCAGCAGGAACUGAUAGCCCAGUUCAACCCCAUAGCCUCCGUGGAUCUGCUGGAGGCUGAGAGUCAAUCCAAAGGCCCAGGGCAGCGGCAGUUCGGCAAGGCAGACCCCGUCCUCAGGGGCCUGCAGCUCGUCCUGCUGAUGGUCUCUGUGCUGGUUGUGGGAGGGCUUCUCUGUAAGGUGGUCUUCCGUCCCAUCCAAGGCAAGAAGAAUCAGGUCCUCCUGGUGAAGUAAGCUGAGCCCUCUGGACCCAAGGCGACCUGUUCCCUCUCCACUGUCUCAUCCUUAGCUCUAGCCAUCCGUGGCAGCCUCACACUAGCCCCCGGAGGUGUGUGAGCCAACACAGACCUGGAUUAAAAUCUAAUGGCCACGUCA